AACUGCAUGAGAAGAAGAAGAACUUUAAAUUGUAACUACGAAGGAAAAAAAACUCCUCUCACUUUGUUUAAACUGUUUUUUUUCCGUAUCAUCAAAAAUAUACAUUGAAUUGUCGGACACUUAUAUGUCCGACAAUUAGGUAUAUAAAGACUAGCAACGAAAGAAAAAUAUAUGUUUCCAAAUUAUUUGACCAGAUUUCAGUCAAAUACUCUCUUGUUUGUUAAAUAUCUGGAAAAUUAUUAUCAGUUUCACUUCAAUAGUGAAAUUGAUAUUAAUUAAUGAAAAAUAAUAUCAAUUUUUAUGAUAUGUCUGCAUAUUUAAUUGAAAAAAGGCUGUCGCAACCAUGGCAUGGUUAUAAGUUUAUUUUUUUAGAGGAGUAAAAAAUUGUUCGAAACUCUAGAAUAUCAUCCCUUGUUACGUUUUUUCUUUUACUCUCUGGAAAAUUUGUUUGUGCCGUUAAACCAGUUUGGAGAUGAUCUUUCGCGUCAUCCCGUUAUUCUUAAUCAUCGCUGUUAUACAAGAAUGUUCAAGUUCUUGCACUGUCAACAAUGGUGGUUGUGAUGGAAAAUGUACCGAAGUUGGAUUUCAAACAAAGUGUUCCUGCAACAUUUUGGGCACGCUACAACCAGAUGGAAAGACUUGCAAAUAUAAAGGAAUGUUCUAUUUUGCACAAGGUCAUAGGAUUGACUUUGUGUAUAACUCCACUUUUGGGAUUUCACUUAAAAACUUUCCAUUAAAACAAAUUAAUGCAAUAGUGGCAAAUAUUGAAAGUAGCAAGGUAUUUUAUGCGGCUGCAGGGUAUGGCAUGUCGAUAGUGGGUGAAUUUUCGUUACAUACAUUAAAACGAAAGAAUUUAACAAUUGAAAAUGGACUUAUUGAUGGAAUGGCGUACAAUAAAACGUCAAAAGAUCUUUACUAUGCCUUAGCUGAUGGUCCAGUGAAGGUUAUCAGAAAUGUCGGUGCAAAGAUGCCGAAUGCCAAGUUGCUUUUACAAAUGAGCAAACCUCGUGCAAUUGCACUGGACUCCUGUUUCGGGUACAUAUUCAUAUCAGAUUGGGGUUCUCACGAAAUUAUCCGAUACAAUCCCAUGAUUCGAGCUAAGGUUUCAAUUGUAACGUCCGGUCUGGUUUGGCCGAAUGCUUUAUCAAUAGAUACGCUUACUGAAAAAAUAUUUUGGGCCGAUGCAAAUCAAGAUACUUCUACUAAGGACAAAAUUGAAAUGGCCAACUAUGAUGGUUCGUGCAGAAAAGUUAUUCGAGUUCUACCUCAGCUUCAUCCGUUUGCAAUGAUGUUUCAUGGUGGAUACCUCUAUUGGACAGACUGGAGUACAGCAAACUAUAAAAUAUACUUGACAUCUAUAAUAGACGGAAGUACCACAAUUUUGACAUCCCUAAAAUACAGACCAUAUGGAAUCGACUUUUUCGGUGAACUGAAUAAAGCAAUAGGAAAAUGGUCGCAGUGGAGAGAAACCAAAAGCUGUCCAAGUAACUGUAUCGGACAAAGGGAGCGAACAAGAUAUUGUCAAAAUCCUUAUGUGCAUAACUAUGAAAAAGUCUGCCUAAAAACUGCUUGUCAGAAAUCAUUUAAAUGUGUAGGCAUUGCAGGACUGGAAGAUGGCCCUCAAGUUGACUCUAUUGUUUGUGAUGUAUGCUUAUGUAAAGUUAAUGGUGAAUGGGGACCAUGGAUCAGUGGCCAGUGCUCACAAACUUGUGGAACUGGUAGAAUGACAAGAAGCCGUUAUUGCAAUAACCCAACCCCUAGAAAUUGUGGAUCUGAUUGCACUGGAACAAAUACGACUAUUGUUGAUUGUUACUUGCGCUUGUGUCCAGAAGUACUUAAUGGAAAUUGGGGAACAUGGUCAUCGUACUCAGUAUGUUCAGUCACCUGCGGAGGUGGAAUCAAGACAAGAACACGUUUAUGCAACAAUCCAGCUCCUGCAAAUGGUGGAAAUCAUUGCUUCGGAAGGAGCAAACAACAACUAAGUUGCGCUACAUCACCUUGCACUGUACACGGAAUUUGGGGCGAAUGGUCGUCGUAUUCAGCAUGUCCAGUCACCUGCGGAGGUGGAAUUAAGACAAGAACACGUCUAUGCAACAAUCCCGCACCUGCAAAUGGUGGGAAUCAUUGCAUUGCAAGCAACACAGAACAAAUUAAUUGCGCUACAUUACCUUGCAAGGGCAAGAAUAACUUACCGCUAAUUGCUGGAGCAUCUGGAGGUGGUGGUGUUUUCAUUGUGAUGCUUGUCGUAAUUUGUGUGUGCGUGAAAAGACAUCGCGACUCAUCACCUACGUACCACAAUCAAUACGUUGACUGCGGAAGAAGAGAGACUGAGUCUAUUUCACCAUAUGCAGUAUAUAACAUGUACGAUACUAUACAAUUAGAUGAGUUUGGAUAUGAGUAAGUCUCAUUUGUUUGCACAUGUUGAUUGGGAAUGCAACUGUCUUCUUUUUGUAAUUUACAAUACGAUGCACACAUACAAUAGACAAGUUAUUGCAUUGUGAUUGAGAAUAUCAUGUGAAUAUGUAAUUUAUGUUAAGAUUGUUUAGUAAAAUGAUAUUGUAAGGAAGGUAAUAAUGGAGUAGUAGUAGCUAAUUAACGAGGAAGUAUUUGUUUGUAUUUUACUUUUUAUUAGGGUGUAAUUAUUUAUCUUAAUACCCUUCAAUCCGAGAGAGAUUUUGACUACCUUCAC